CAUUCGAAAAGAAAACAAAGUGGAUCUUUCUAGCCUUUAAUUUUAAUUUCAUUUACCAUUAAAUAGAAGAAUCCGAUAUUAUCGACCGAAAGAAAAGAAGAAAAAAGUAAGUAAAUAUAUAAGAUACAACUUGUUGACGCAAAUUCAAAGAGAGGAAAUCGAGAUACGUUCAUUCGAUUAAACAAGAGACUGAAGGUUAUUUGAUAUCGAAGUAAAAUGAUUCAAUUAUAUCACAGAUAUGAUUUAUACAAGAUAAUAAAUGACGUUUUAUUUAAUGAGAUAUUAUAUCGUGAUCCUUUUGAAUGGCACGUUUUGACUUGACUUUGGAAAAAAUUGAUCGUUUGACUUCGGUGGUAGCGCGAUAUCAAAUAUGGCUGAAACGUCAGUCGGUGCGGAGUUUGCUCCGGUUUUACGAUGCUUGCUAUUACACUUUUAUAACACAAAUUGCGUGCUACUUAGUGUUUCAAAAUCAAGACUUUUCGAGAAGGAGGACCAAAAGAUACGAUAAGACGGUUGUCAGUAGAUGCUGUCUAACAGAGAAAGACAAAAUGUCACCUAAGCGUGUUAUUCUUAUGUCCUGUGGAAGUUAUAACCCUCCAACCAAUAUGCAUUUACGAAUGUUUGAAAUAGCAAGAGAUCAUUUACAUCGGAUGGGUAAUCACGUAGUGGUUGGUGGAGUUAUAUCUCCAGUUCAUGAUGCAUAUGCAAAGAAAGAACUUGCAUCGGUUACGCAUAGGUGUGCCAUGCUACGCUUAGCAUUACAGAACAAUGAUUGGAUUCGACUUAGUUCCUGGGAAACAAGACAGGGCGGCUGGACAAGAACUAAAAUUUCUCUUCAGCAUCAUCAAAAUUUAUUAAAUUUAAUUUUAUUUGAUACCAAUGAUAUUAGAAAUAAUAUACCAAAAGAAGAUUUGGAAUGGAUACCAGAGAAUAUUAAAAACAGUCCAGAUCAGACACCGAUUCAAAUAAAAUUGUUGUGUGGAGCAGAUCUUUUAGAAAGUUUUGGAAAGUGCGAUUUGUGGAUGGAGGAAGAUAUAGAUGCGAUAGUUGGUCAGCAUGGUCUCGUUGUCAUCACAAGAGAAGGCUCUAAUCCUAACAAGUUUAUAUAUGAUUCGGAUAUUCUUUCAAGACAUAUGCAUAAUAUUCAUAUCGUAACAGAAUGGAUUCCAAAUGAAGUUAGUUCUACUAAAAUAAGAAGAGCAUUGAAAAGAGGUGAAAGCGUAAGGUAUCUUAUUCAGGAUUCUGUCAUUGAUUAUGUCUACAAAAAUGAAAUCUAUGGCGCUAAGUCUUCUACAACGACAAUUAAGUUGGACCUGACCUCGCCCAAUGCGAACGAUUACUUGACCAUUGAUCCCAAGUACCAAAGCACCUUCCUAUCGCCGUCGCCUAGCGACGUUACCAUGGAAUCCCCGAGUCCAGUUGAAAUUAUAAGCAUCGACGUUCCCGAUACCGUUCUGCGUAAGAACUUGCAGAACGCAACGAGCGCGGCCUUCGUCGCUUCUAGGCAACCUAUGGGUCUCGAAGAGGCUCGCGAGAAAUUUAUUAAUGCGAUCACCGCUGAAAAUGGUAAUGCCAAGCACGUAACAACUAGCACGAAGGCCGCGUAUCCAGGUCAAGCAAAACAAAUCAUUGCCACCGAAAGCGGUGAAUCGCAGUUACUCGACGAGGUAGGUUUAGUUAACGAAGACAGUAGGGUUGCAAGGGAUCCUAGCAAAUUAGAUGAGACAUCCUCGAAAGUUGAUAAAUUCGAGAAUGUCUCGGUUAAUGUAGGUUCAGUCGAGAAUGUAGGACUUAGCGAUACUAUAGACAGAACGCAAAUAAUCGAAACUGAUAAAGAAAAAGUAGAUGAUGUUAAAUUAAAAUCUGAAGAUGUCAGGAAAGAUAAGAAUGUUCGUUUAUUGUCCGUGGAAGAGAAUGUAAUAAAGUCUAAAAUAGAUCCACGAUUCGAGUGUGCACUUUCUGAUUUUACACUUUCCACAGAUGAUGAUCAAACUUAUAAUAAAUUAAUAGACACUGAUAAAGAUAACGAAGAGGUUGCUACCAAUCAGAGCGUAAAAAGAGAGAUUCAAGAUACACGAUCAACCAUUAUAGAAAAUACCUCGAAUGAUAUAGAAUAUGAUCGAAGAAAUAAUAGUUUAUUGGAAGAGUCCAGUACCGAAAAAUAUAUUGAUGAAACUUCUUUAGACACUGCCAUAGAUUCGAAAAAAGAUCGCGAUGAAGAUAACGUUGUUCACAGCGUUGAGUUGAGUCCAGCUGCUAGUACGAUUGAAGCUGUCUCUGUAAUAGAAAAUCCAAUUAUCAAAAAUGUAGAAAGUUGUGAAGCAAAAGAGAAAAAUGAUAAGAAAGUUGUUGAAGAUAACAAAAUCGAAGAAAAGAUUCAGCCAUCUAAACGUUCGUCUAAACGUGAUUCGAAUCUCGAAAUAGAUGGUAAGUAUUUGAAAUCAGUAGUGAAUUCUCGAAAAAGUCCAAGAAAAGUAAAAGACAGUCAACUGCGUCAAUUCGAAUGCAUUUCACCUAACCAUCAAGAUCAUAUUAAUGAUACUGUGAUUGAAGAAAAACCAGGAAGAGCGAGAUCAUUGAAAUUAACUAAUUCUAGAAGAGGAAUUAGCGACACGAGGAGUCAAGAAACAACGAUGAACCAAUCGCAACAAUACGAUACAGUUUUAAAAGGUAGCUUGGAUUCGAUGAUCAAAGCUAACGAAUCCAAGACUACGUUGAGAAAAAAAACAAGCAAAACUUCGAAAGACACGUUUUCGAAGAAAUCAAAGAGUUACGAGUCGAUAAAAAAGGUUCAAGAGGUUUACUUAGGCGAACCAUCGAGAACGGAGAGCAGUACAUCUCAAACAUUAGUAACAGCCGAAGAAUUCGAUCCUCAAACUUCAGAGGAAUUUUGUUCAAUAUGUUAUUACAUGAACGAACUUACUAUGAAAACGGAAGAAGAGAUAAGUAGUCCGAAUCAAGAGAUCUUUUAUACUUUACGUUCUAAUUGUAGCUCAUUGGAGGACUCAACCGAAUGCGAUAUAUGUAGUUCCUUGAAUCUUCAAAGUUCCAACGAAGUAUUGGAUCGUACAAUUUUAUCAACGACAAACAACGAAGAGUCUUUAUGCGAAAUUUGUGAAAUAUAUGGCGAGGUAGGGGAUAAUAUUGAAUUUGAAAAAGAACCGAUGGUAAUUCCACGAUUAGUAAAGGGUUAUCAAGAUAAACGAAUUUUACAGGAGGAAGAAUAUAAAAUCUUAGACAAUACCACGGUGACGGACGUUUCGUUAGAAGACGAUAGUUUCGAAAUUGAAAAUUGCGGUUUGAUGAGCGGUACCGAAUCGAUGGACGAUCAAGGAUUACAACAAAGCGAGAACGAGCUUAAAGAAAACGAAAAACUAACGUCCAAAUCUAUAUAUUCUCGUGGUUCAUCAUUAAAAACUAAAGACAAAUAUUUCGUACCGAAGGACGAACUUGCGAUACUAUCUAGCGGCACGAGAAAGAUCACUCGUAAAGGAUCAUUGUUAAAAAAGAAACCGGAAGAUCAUCAAAUCGUUGGUUCGCAGGACAAACGACGUUAUUCAUCGGCGGAUAAUCUUCAACUAGCCAAGGUUUUUGCGACGCGAAACGACAAGUGUCUUAGAUCGAAAUCCGGGAAGUCUACCGGUUCCGCGGACAACAUUAGAUCCUCGAGAAAUAGUUCGAGAAGGUGCAAGUCUCUUCAAAGAUCAGCCGAUAAUGUAAGAUAUUUGGACUCUUCCACGGACAAUUUGGACUCGUUAGCUGAGAGUCUUGGUCAAGAGGAUAACGAUGAUAGGGCAUUCGAUUGGAACGAAAAGCCAAAGGUCAGGGAUAACGAGACUGUUAAACUGAUACUUACCAAGCACGGUAUCAAGAUCAUUAGCGAAAAGGAAACGGCUUUGUAAUCGAUCGACUUGUUGCAAUUAACGUUACUAUAAAGGAACUUGAUUCUUUGGUUUACCCAUUGUGGUGGGCUCCUUUUCCCUUGGUUCUCGUUAAUCUUCGGCUUUUGUGAUAAAGUAGGAUGUGUAUGUAUGUAUAUGCGUAGAAUCACACAUAUAUAUGUACACGCAAACACUAAAAACAUAUAUAUAUAUACAACACACCUUUGUCUUUCUUCCGUACAAGCGAGAAAUUGUUCGAAUAUAAAGAUUUUAUUUAUUGACUGUAUGUAUGUAUAUAUGUAUCUAUGUAUACAUGCGAGUGACAGAUAUUUAACGAAUUUUAAGGAAUAACACGUACGCUUCUUGUUUAUUAAAGCUUUACAAAAAUAAUCGUACGAUUAAACUUGUACGAAA